AUGAAGUUGCCACGAGCUUCAGACGCUGGCUCGAUACCUCUCAAGCAGACGACUGUGGUCUCACGCCACGAUGAAUACAGCAUCGGUGAGACCACCGGCGGUCUGAGCGUCCUCUUCACGGUGCUGUGCAUUGUAGAUCUGUUCGGUGUCUUCCCGGUGGUUACGCUACCCAAGAGCAUAAUAUCCUGCGGGAUUUAUGGUGUACCCCUGGUGAUAUUUGUGUUUGGGCUGCAGUUGUACACAGCGGUACUGCUCGGCAGGAGUUGGCUGCUUGCGCAGGAGUUGACACCACGCAUCAGGGAGAAGAUCAGAUACCCGUAUGCAGCAGUUGCUGAGCUGGCAUUUGGGCAGCCGUCUAGAAGAAUGGUCACCUUCCUUAUCGAUGCUACCGUCUUCGGAGCAGGCAUACCCAAUUUUAUUCUCGCUUCCCAGAGUCUACAGUUGUUCUGGUGGAAAAUAUCAGAUGGUGAAAUAGGUGUGACCUACUGCGUGUGGAUGCUGGUGAUAGCUCUUCUGCUGUGCCCCGUGCUCUGGCUGGGUUCACCGAAGGAUAUGAAACCCUUAGCUGUUAUGUCAGUGUUGAUAGUGACUACGGUAGCUGUAUCCACGUGGAGUUGUAUACUAACUGAUGAUACGUCACCACCUAGUACGAGCAGCGUCUUCGCCAUACAGCCGUCGAUGCAAGAUUUUCUUAUAGCCUACGGGAUCAUCGCAUUCCAAUUCGACAUACAUCCUUUACUGCUGACUAUUCAAGUAGACAUGAAGGACAGCAGGAAGAUAAACACUGCGGUCGUUGGUGGGUUCCUCGUUACAAGCUUCAUGUUCGCCGUCACAACUAUACUAGCAGCGAACAGAUAUGGUGAAGACGUCGACAAUAAUAUACUGCAAGGUAUGAAUAUUAAUAUCAGUAAAGCACAGAACAAAGUAUUUGCAUCUAACAUGAAGAUAAAACUAAGUUUCGAAGCGAGGCAAAUCUCGACCAAUCAAAAUGAUUUAGGUAUAACGUCAUCGGGCGAUCCACCAAUACCCAUGCGCCUGACGGUGUUGUUGCAAGUGUCCAUGGGCGACGGUAAUCACUUACCAUCAGGUAUACCACCAUCUGUGACUUUGUUCGUGGUCGCCUUACUGGUCACACUACAGCUGUGUUUAUCCAGCGCUGUUGGGAACAACGCACUAUUCCAGCAUAUAGAAGAUUUACUGAACAUACCUAGAGAAUUUUGCAUGCGCCGCUGCCUCGUCCGUUCAGGAAUCGUCGCACUAGCGGUAUUCCUCGCGGAGUCCGUCCCACGUUUCGACUUAGUCAUGGGUCUAGUGGGGUCCACGUUGACAGGGCCUUUAAUGUUCAUAUUCCCACCGCUGUUCUUCCUAAAACUAUGCUACAUGAAGUCUCAAAUCAAAAACGGAUCUAACAAUAACCAAAAUGGCGCUAAUUACCCGCUCAUUUUCGAAGACGCUCUAGAAACUAAAUACAAGACGUUCAGCUAUAGUAGAAUAGGUGGUGAUUUGGAUGCGUAUAACAUAAAAUGGUAUGAUCUUGUAUUGGCUGUGUUAGUUAUGACAAUGGGUGUAACAGCUACUUUGGUCGCUACAUAUUCUAGUUGGUCUGAUACAAUAUCUUUCGCCACUUAUUCGCCUCCAUGUUUAGUAAAUGCCACUAUAGCAGCACGAAGCUUUCUACAGGCUCAAACAUCGUGAUAUUAAUAUUAGUGUUAAAGUUAUUCAAUUUAUUAAUAUAUUAUUAGGUGAACCCAGGUUCUAAGCAGAGCAUGAUUAAAACUACUUGAUGCCCUAAGAAAUAGCAAUUUAAUUAUAUAUUAUUUGUUAAAUAAAAAAUAAAAUAGAUUUUAUAUAAAACAAAUGCUUUUUAUUGCAGUCUAACAUAAUAUUUAUUCAUUCAAAUAAACAACAUUGGGCAUAAAAACAUGAGGUCAAAUUAGCGAUUUUUGCAAAGGUCUGUAAUAGGAUGGGUGACCAAAACUUAUAAGCCGGCUCCUCCUGAUAAGCCGGCUGUAUCUAAAGUUAUUAACACCCACCAAAAGUAAGGCCUCGUGGUGGGUUAUGGACCAUUCUCUCUAUUUGAUUCCAUAGGGAAGGCCUAUGUCCCAGCAGUGGGGACGUAAAUUGUCUGCUGAUAAUCGAAAACCAUUAUUUAUAUACGUAUAAAAUCAUUAAAUAAAAGGCUUCGUUGCAAAGUGACUCACGAAUUUAUCAAAUUUCACUAUAAAAAAUAUAAUUACUAAAAGAAAUUGAAUAUCAUUACCUAUAAAAUAAAUAGGCAUUUAAUAUUUUUUGUAAAUCAUCAAAAUAUACGUUUUGGUCCAAUUGCUUAGACCUAACAGAAGCUGUCACUUUCUGACGCAAAAUUGCAGCACUAGACAUAGUAAUAAACAGAUAUUGCAAUUGAACACUGUAUUUUAAAUACAACGUGUAGCGUAAAUACACGUCAUGUUCCGAUUUAAUGAAUUCGUUUCCUUUUCAAAUUGUCCCUCGUUACAAUUCUUCUUUGUUAAAAUCAACACUAACCAUAAAAUACUAUUUUAACAAACUUGAAAUUUUAUAUCAAAUAUCACGAUAAAAAUAUAUUAUGCACAAAUAUUUUACGUCAUUUAUUUAUAAUAUUAUUUAUUUAUUCCAUAUUAAUUUGAAAUAGAACAUUUUUAUUAUUUUAAUUUACAUUUUAUUCCAAGUAAAUAAACAAAUAUCACAACCAGAAUAAAUAGAAAGAAAAACAGAAUGACCCAAACAAUCUUUUUAUGCAGUGUCUGAAAUUUCUUAUUAAUAAAAUACAUCUGUUUCUUGGCAUAAAUAGGUCAUUAUUUAAACAAUUCAUCAUUAAAUUUUCGACCUUAUCACAAAAUAUUAAAAGUGAUUUUUUUAUGAGGCAAAGAUUUACUCGUUUCGGGCGUCUUGUUACAACCUAUGGUUUUGUACUUAACAACUUAAAAAAUCUAAUACUUCGUCAGCCAAAUUUAUAUUUGUCUCGUUUUUUACUAGAUAGGAGGUUAUGUUUUGUCCUUGUCUACGUUGUUAGAGCAAAAAGAGAUAUGUACUCAAUAUACAGGGUUAUUUGCUACACCAGCAAACUUACAGGAAUAGAUUAAAUGGUGUUAACCAUGUUUGAUUAAGAGUACAAUCAUAAUUCAAUGCUUUGAACAAAAGUGCAGGCUUACUCGUGAAAUUAAUCGCGAUAGAUCGACAUUGGAAUCGUAGUGUCCGAUACUCUUGAUGUGGGAUACUAGCGAGAAUUGCGUUAAUGAGUGAUUAUUGAAUGAAUGAAAUGGUAUCAAGUUUGUCCUAUAAUCCGUAUCUGUUUUCUUUCA